UCAUGUGACAGAAACAGUUUCUCAACGACAAAACCGGAGAGAGAGAGGCGCUCACACACUCAAAGAUACUCACACAUACACACACACAGUGGGAGAGAGAGAUAAAGAGAGAGAGACAGAGAGUUUCGUAACUUGGGGAAGUUUUCUGUAUCCAUCGAUCGCUGGACGUUGUCUCGUUGUUGUUCUGAUGUCAGUGACACAGCGGAGUGUCGCCUGCGUCACUUUUUCAGCCCGGUCGCUUCAUUGAGUUUCUUUCUGUGCCGUUCAGCAAGGCAUCUGUUAAACUACCACCUCUCUCCAAGGAAUAGACUGUGUACUUCAUCUGUCAAGAGCCUGGCCGGAGCAGCCAUGCUGAUGUAUGAUUACCCUCUGAAGACAGAAAUGGAGACGUCCUUCUACUCAUCAUUAGUGAAAACCCCGGAACAAUACGGAGUCAUCUUCUCCCAUCCCACUCACCUCUACCACCCCUCGCACAUGCACGCCUUCACCCAGUCCCACUCACACACCCAACUGGAGCCCGUGGACCUGUCAGUCAGCAAGCGCUCCUCCUCCACUUCCUCUUCCUCCUCCCCUCCCUGCUCCUCCGCCUCCUCCCCUGCCUCCUCCUCACACAGCUCCCCAUCUUCCCCUUACAGCUCGGCGAGCCGUGCCUCUCCCCGCUGCUCCCCCCCACACUCCCACCUGCGCUCCUCACCCUCCCACACUCUCCCGCCACCCAAUCCCUCACUUCAAUACCCUACCAUGGUGGCUCCUCUGAUCGGCACAGGAUCAGGGGUGAUCCAGGGGUCAGGGGUCAUGGUGUCUCCAGUUAUGGUGCCUCUGUCUGUCCUCUACCCGUCGCCUCUCCACUUGCAUCAGUCGAUCAUGGUGAGCCCACAGGUCGUCAGUGAGGACGAGCAUCAUCGAAGCAGAGAGCACAAGACAGUUCACUCUACAAAGCCCCUGGAGCUGCGAGGUGACGCCUAUGACCUGCUCAAGCCAAUCAAAACAGAGCCUCGCCCUGAGCUAGCUCAUGACCUCCACAGCAGCCAUGAGAUGAAAUCAUCAGUCAUCAGGAUACCACACGAGUACGGAGGAAACAACCCAUCAGUAAUAGUUCACUCAGGAACACAGCACCCUCUCCCUUCGGACUCCCCCGACUCAUUAAAAAAGAGGCGAAUUCACCGCUGCGACUUCUCUGGCUGCAACAAAGUGUACACCAAGAGCUCCCACCUUAAAGCACACCGCAGGACACACACCGGUGAGAAACCCUACAAGUGCAUGUGGGAAGGCUGCACAUGGAAGUUUGCUCGUUCAGACGAGCUGACGAGACACUUCCGCAAGCACACAGGAGUCAAACCAUUCCAGUGCCCUGACUGUGAACGAAGCUUCUCCCGUUCAGACCACUUGGCACUGCACAAGAAACGCCAUCUCCUGGUUUGAAGGGCCUCCAUGGGUGUUACUUGAGAGGAACUCUGGGCUGGUUUCAGCGUAGGACUGUACCACUUUGACUUGAGGGGGGGGAUUUUACAGAGCUGGUCUUUCACAUUGGAUGGUGUUCCUCAGGAUGCAAGUUUAAGACCCUUUCACCUCAUUAGCCUGGGUGUGAGCUGGUAUCAGGUUAGCUAUCCAUCACACCAGGCGCCAGUUUCUGAUCCUGUCUAUCAUCAGCUCAAUGUCCUAUCAUCUGGGUAGAAAUAAGGUUGUUGAACCAGAACUCUGAUCAGCUAAGGAAAAUGGAGACACUUUGAAAAGGAGGCUGAAGAAUCUCAGCUGGCCUGAGAGCAGCACUCUCUUGUGGCUGCAGAACCAAAGUGCAUGUUCACCUGCAUAGGGCAAGCUUAAGCUUCUUUUUGCAACAUCACCUCUCACUUCCCUGCAUGCAUGCAAGUUAAGAUUGUGGUCACAAACACACACACAAAUACAUGUUAUUGCUGGCUAAGCCAAUAUAAUGUGAAACUUUGCAGAAUGUAUCAUAUCACACAUACUUCCGCUUUCUUUCAACAGCCACCAGUGACAAAACGCUAACUCCUAUUUUAUGGACCGCUACAAUAAAAGCACCACACACCUCAUCUGCCUCUACAAGCUUAUUUCAUGAAGCCAAAUUGAAAUACUGGUAGCCCAUGCUCGCUUUCUCUUGUACAUAAGCGCACACAUUUAUCAGCACACUCAGCAAAAAUCGGCACUUAAUAAAAGCAGAUCAGCCUUGUUCUGGUGUGCUUUGGUAUUUUGGAUUAAAGAAUAGUGUGGGAGGGGGGAACUCUGGGUCUUUUGCAUUGUCAGAGUGAAGUGUUUUAUUGUGUUAUCAUUCAGAAAUGUGAAAGUUGCUGCACAGGGGCAUUAUUGUGUAAGUGAGGAAAAGACACCACUGAGAUGGUUUAUGGGUAGAAGCAAUGAAAUAUAUUAUGUCUUAUAUCAAGUAAAUGUAUCUGUAUGAGUUAUUGUUUGGUUUGUGAUGUGACACAGUGGUAGCCUUUUCAGUUGUGUGACACUUUUAUAUAGUAAGAACACAAAGUGCAAAGCAGGGACAUUUUUUUUUUUGUUUAUCCAGAGCAGAUUAGUUUAGAGUAAAGCUCCUCUAAAAUAUGAAAUAUGAAAUUUGAAAUGAAAUUAUAUUUAAUUCCACAGUUUCUUCAUUAAAAGGUCAUAUGAAGAAAUAAAGUUAAACUUCGCCAUUUUUUCUUUAGUUUCGAAAGCCAUCACAGUUUUAGAAAACAACUUUCUAUUUGUACAGCAUCUGGAGAACAAAAUAUUUUGUGUAAAGCGUCUUUGUACAUGUCUCGAUGUGCACUUUAUAUUAAACAUUCCCAAAGCCAAACUUUUUAAUCACAUAUGUUUUAUUCACAGAUCUGCUGGUCGGUUUGAUCCAAAAAUAUCUAACAGGGGUCUUAGUUUGUAUUUCUGUUAUCAUUUAAAGCCAGAGAAAGGUGUUUUAUUCACAUGUACUCACACCUACAUGCACACUUACAGCAUAAGACACAGAGACACACUCACAUCGAAUGUAGCAGCUCAACUGAUCUGCAUUUACCCCUGGUUAUUCUUUGCUGUUUUUGCUUGUAAAUGUUUUUGUAUCUCUGCAAAUAUAAGUUGUAAUAUAUACAUAUAUAUUUUAUAAUUGAUUGUUAGACUGAAAGGGCAAUUAAAGGUUUUUAUUAAGCAUGAUUUUGAUACUCUUAUGAUAAUGGAUAUAAUACAUUUCUAUUAUAUUUUUUAAUCUAAUGUUGGCAAUACAAAGGGAACAUGUUAAACUGUGAACAUAUAACUGUACAGGUCUAUCUGCAAUGUUUGCAUUUAUUUUAAAACAAGAUAUUCAUACCACUUAAUAAACUUAUUGAUAAUAUUUUCAAAA